AUGGCCUCGGUGCGCUCACUAGGCCUUCACCAUCCCCCCGCAUUGCCUUUCCUCAUCAACGAAGGCCUCCUCCCAAUAGAUCCCUCGGAUGACGACUACAUUUGGUAUACGCAACGAGCCGAAUCCGAAGACGAUAUUACAUACACCAAGAAUUGCGCCGUCUGGUCGCGAAGUGGCGUGGUGAAGCGGGUCUUUCGAGUUGGAAUUGAGAAGGAGGAAAUUCGCCAUGUCGUUCUUACAAACUUUCCUUCGGUGACUAGUCGCGAAGACGCUCAGAUAUCUGACACGAAGUCAUUUGGUCCGAAGGACAUCAAAAAUGUCGAGGAAGACGAAAUGGCCCGGGUGGUUGUGGCUCCCAUUGACCAUGGAUUCACCAAAGGACGACUGCAUUCACAGGAAGAUGACUCUAAAGCACUGGUAGUCGUUCUCAAAACACAGGCACACAUAUUCUUUCUCGCAGGCAACACACAUGUUGUUCCUUUGCCAUUUGAAGUGGACUCUGUAUUCUCGUCCCCGCGUGGGCUGAUAUUCCAGAGACGGAUUCCUGAACCACAAUCGACGUCCUUGCCAAGCGCGCCACCAAAUUCAUUCUUAUCACAAACCUUUACAGAUAGCCGGAGAAGUGACAACUUCAGGUCUUCACGAGGCAUAGAGAGCCGACUAUCGUCCACAGCACAGCCAUCUCGGCCACAGAAGAAGUCUGACGAUCUUGAUAUGCCCCGUACCUUCUCCUUGACGGAUCCUCAUUCGGAGAUGGGUCACGUCGUUGCCAAUCAGUCUACACAUGCAGCUCACGCCGUGCAAGAUUCCUGGGCUUUUGACAGUCUAGAUCCCAUAGAAGAGAUUGUCUACGUUUCAGCUGUGAAUGAGCUUACUGGCGACAAAGUCUCUCCGAAAGAAUCACCGCUGGUUCUUGUGGUCACGGUGAAUACAGAAACAGGUCUGUACACCAUUUGGACUGCAAAAUUUCGGUCUGAUGUUAAUGCACAAAUGUCGAAGAAGCGAAAGAAGCCGCUCGCCAGUGGAGCACGCUCAAAGCGACGAAGUUCGCAUUAUGGAAUGGCCACAGGUGCUACGACCCCUGUAGCACGCCCUUCUGGUAUAAGAGAGAGCAUUGGUGCCGGCCGAAAUAUCCAUGGGGCGUCCUUCUCUCAAAGUUUUCAACUAGAAGAUCCUCCUGAGCAGAAUGAUUUUGCCUCCCAGAUGGGACAAGACUUUGAAGAGCUUCGAGUGCCAUCGAAAACCUCGCGACGUGUUAGUUCGUUGCUUGCUAGAACUGAUUUAGGAGGCAGUCAAGAUAGACAGGCCUUUUCCGACCUUGCAACAGGUAACCAAGGAGGGACAACAAAUCAUGGCAGUCUACGACAAUCAAUAGGAGGCUACAGUACGCGCACCAGCUUUGGAUAUAACUUGCGGAACUCUUUUGCAGGAAAUGCUUCUAUCUAUAGUAGUACCAGCAGCUUCCUAGAUGCUCCUGUUGACCGACUUCUCGCGGAACUCAACAAUGGCGGUGACUUUGAAGGGUUCGAAAGUAUGGACCUUACAGGUCCUAUGUCCGGUCUACCUAAAGAAAUGAUGCUUCGCAAAGUUGAAAGUUUCUCAUCGGGUCUAUCAACUGGCAGUUUCUCCUUUUCUGAGCUGAAGCGGAGUCGUCCUAAACCUAAAGCUUUUACACUGCGACCCAACGAGAGUAUACAUCAGAAGACGACCAAUUCAUUCGCACUUUGCCUGCUUGAUUCGAUAUCUAAUUGCUUAGUUGUCGUCGAUCUCAAGGUUCAGAAUGUCAGCCUGUCCGACAGAGAGAGAAAAAAGCAAAAGACAUCCCAGAAGAAAGGCGAAAUAUCCACGGUUGUUCAUGCUAUUGGCAUACAACAUGCUGCAAAUGUCUUGGAUGUAUGCAAAAUUGUCGACGAUGGUAUUUCAAGAAUAUUGACCCUCAAGUCUACCAUGGAUGGCAAAGGCGAGUUGGCCUUGCACUCCCCAUGGAGUCCUUCUAUUAAGAUUGAACUCCCGCACAAGCUAUCAUUACACUCGCCUGACCGUCUUUCGAUUGUCCAGAAUCGAGCACCCGAUACCGGCUUGAAGAGGGUUAUAGAUGACCCAAAUCUGAAGCUUGCCGCAUUCGGGCGCUCUUCCUCUCGCGGUCAAGUCGAUGUUAUCGAUUCUCAAAAAAGAUGUCACCGUAUCCAGAUUCAACUACAACCGACGAAUCCACUCGUAAAAAAGGCGUUGGCUGUAUGUCGGUUCGCACUUCGUGAAUCUCGCCGAGCUGCGGAUGGAUUGUAUACAGCUUGGUGGGAAGUCCUUCGAUGGCUCUCUUCACGCGAAUCAGAUGAAAAUGACCUAGAGUGGACCGCUUUUGUCGUUGUGAUUUUUACUAUGGCAGUCGGAUUCAUUAACUCGCCGCAACCUCGACUGGCUACUAAGAAACAAAGGCGCAAGGGUGGUAUCUUGAGGUCGAGCAGCGGUAGCUACAUUGACCAAGAAAGCUGGGACUCUAUGACCGAGAAAAUAGCUGGAUCGUCUGGAGUCACAGCAUCAUGGAUGAUGAACAGUUCGUGGACAUGGGCGACGGGUCAGAAAGAUGACAGCGCUAGCAAACCAUUUUUAGCAGAAAACCAAACUCAAACUGAGCAGUCAAAAAACUCCUACUUGCUGCGAUGUGUAGGCCUCGCCCGUGACUUUUUUGAUAGUCCUCAGGGUGAAGCUGCGUCGGGCUCUGAAGGGUAUCUGCCUACUGCAAUAUCUCAGAGUCAAGACAUACGGUGUACUGCCCUAUGCAGCAUCCUCGUUGGACUGCAUCUAUUGCGGGAGGAACAGAAAUUAUCGAUUUGCGAUAGCGAAAGUUCUUAUCAGGAACGGGGAAUGCUAGCUCCCUUACUAGCUCAGAUUGGUGGAUGGGUAGGAUGGAAAUCGUGGACUUGGAGCGAGGACGGUUACUUCGGCACAGAAAUGGCGACAAUCACCCGUUGGGCAUUUGAUGGAAGUCAAAUAUCUGGACUAGAUAUGCCAGCAGAGCCCUUUGUACCGCCUUCGAUUUUUGACUACCUUCAAGGUUCGAUCGUAGCGCCAUCAGAGAAUACAUUCUCUACGCUUCUUGACAUUUUCCCGGGGUCCGACCGCACGUCUGAUAAGCCUAGUCUGAGGAAAGAAGUUAUGGGACUAACUCCAAGAACAAUGGCGAUCAAUGGAUUUAUGUCAGAAGUACAUCGAACGUCUAGCACUGUUGACAAAGUGAAACUCCUACUCCGCUGGGGAUUGACGGUCAGUGUGAUUGAGAGCCUACCAGAGGGUGUAAGUGCACCGCUCUUUGAAAUCAUAGUCCGCGUCCAGAUAAAACCACCAGUGUCCUGUACCGCUGCCUUGAUAGGGCUUAUUGACCGUGAUGAUCUUUAUAUUUCCAUGGAGGUUGAAGGCACAACGCAACCUGCUUCCCGGCUGCAGAUUGGAACGGGGCAUGUCUCAUCACGAGAUGUCCACCACAUAGGAGCUUCAACGCUAGAUUACGAGCUUUCAAACUCUUUUGAGGCUUCUGUUGAAGCUGAUCGAAUGGCUGUUACUAGAUUGAUGUAUCGGGAGGAUAGGCGUCUUCAAGAAGCCUCAAGGCUUCUCAAUCAAAGUAAAGCACCAGUAGCACAGUGUAUACCAGAACCGGGAUGGACCGACUCUGAGCUACUCGAAGCGCAAAAAGAAGUUGUUCAACUUGUUACUAUGAGAACCCUUUCGGUGCCUGCAGGUCGAGCGUUGUUUAUGUUCAGUGGUCGGUCGCCUUUGUUGACCGAAAAGCUCCCGAUACCAUCCUUUUCGCUGCAGUGUUUGAUGAAGCCGUCAAACGUGACAAUCAGCGCCGAUAGAUCGGCCUUUAACGAGGAGAAAGUAUGCUGGGCUUUUUUUCACAACGGAACCGCAACGGGGCUGGCUAUAUCUAAGGCUUCCAAAGGCAUUGACACAUCUUGGAUCCUAUACAACAAACCCCAGGAACUUACAAAUCGACAUGCGGGUUUCCUGCUUGCUCUUGGAUUAAACGGGCAUCUCAAGAAUCUAGCAAAAUGGGUCGCUUUCAAAUACUUGACACCAAAACAUACAAUGACUUCAAUCGGUCUUCUUCUCGGAUUGUCUGUGUCUUACUUGGGAACUAUGGAUACACUUAUUACUCGUUUGCUCUCGGUGCACGUUACACGAAUGCUGCCGCAAGGCGCAGCCGAGCUCAAUCUUUCGCCGCUGACGCAGACUGCGGGCGUUAUGGGUAUUGGCCUCCUUUACUGCGACUCUCAGCAUCGGAGAAUGAGUGAAGUGCUUCUAUCUGAAAUCGAGAAUGUGGAGCAGGAAGAAGUAGGCAUUUCUCAAGAGACCCUUCGUGACGAAGGAUACAGGCUUGCUGCUGGCUUCGCCCUCGGAUUCAUCAACUUAGGCAAAGGAAAAGAUCUUCGAGGUCUACGAGAUAUGCAGGUGGUCGAGCGACUUCUGGCCUUAGCUAUUGGUACCAAGAAUGUUGAAAUGGUACAUAUCUUGGACAGGGCAACUGCAGGUGCUACAAUAGCUCUCGCAAUCAUCUUCAUGAAGACAAAUGACGAAAUGCUUGCUUGUAAGAUAGAUAUUCCCGAUACGAUCGUGCAGUAUGAUUACGUUCGGCCCGACAUCUUUCUGUUACGUACACUGGCUCGACAUCUCAUCAUGUGGGACAGCAUUGAGCCGACCUCUGAAUGGCUCCUCCGCAGUAUACCGAAAUCUUACAGGAAGAAACAUGGACUUAGCACGAUCCGACAACUUUCGAGCGACGACAUGCCAUUUUUCAAUAUAAUCGCGGGUCUGUGUUUUGCGAUUGGAUUGCGUUAUGCGGGCUCAGCUCACAGCCAAGCAAGAGAUCUGCUCAUCCGAUUUCUUGAUCAGUUCCGGCGGAUCGUCCGGCUUCCUGCUUCGAAUUAUGAUAGUCAAUUGGCACGUAAUUCGGUACGGCACUGUCAGGACAUAGUAGCAAUUUCAGCCGCAGCGAUCAUGGCCGGAACAGGGGAUCUGAAUCUGUUCAGGCGGCUACGCUCGCUCCACGGGCGAGUCGAUGCCCAUACGACGUAUGGAAGUCACAUGGCGGCACAUAUGGCGAUCGGGCUGCUUUUCCUGGGCGGCGGAUGCUACACUUUGGGCACCUCUAACCUGGCAGUUGCAUCGAUGUUGUGUGCAUUCUAUCCGCUAUUUCCUACAUCAGUCCUAGACAAUAAGUGCCACCUCCAAGCGUUUCGACAUCUAUGGGUUUUAGCGGCGGAACCGCGUUGCCUUAUUGCCCGGGACGUCGAUACACGAAGGCCUAUUAGCAUUCCCGUAUCGCUGCAUAUGAAAGAUGGCACCACAAGAGAGACUACUGCGCCGUGCUUGCUGCCUAAUCUAGAGGAGAUCGCAUCGGUCAAAGCGCACGGUCGAGACCAUUGGCCACUAGUCCUCGAUUUUGACCGAAACGAGCAAUUGCGCGGAAAAUUCCGCAGAGGCGAUCAAUCCAUCUACCUACGACGAAACUCGACCUAUGACCCAUCGGAAAGCUCGGUCUUUGCUUCGACGCUUUUAGGGUUGAGUGAAGCACAGGAUAUCCUGCCGAGCACUGCGAUAGGCUCAUGGAGAAGACCAAUACCGAACAACGUGGCGUUGUUGAUGUCUCAGGGGCGAAGAGGAAACAAAGCAACCAAUACCGUCAGGCAAGACGUGUGGGAUUGGGUGUUUGCGUUGCGUCCAUUACAUGGGUUGGAUGUUGGUGAUCGUUCGGUAGUUUUGCCACCAUCUGCAACAUUCCAUUUUCGAUCGCGGCUUUUGGCGGCGGAGAAUGGCGUGACAUCGAUGAUCACGAUUCCAGCUUGGCUUCGAGUUUCCUCGGUGGACAGUCGACUUGUACUGGAGAGCAUGGUCAAUGAGACCUUUGUAGGACUAACCACUACCCAUGGCCCAGGCCAUGCUUUUGACGAAGUCAAAGAUCGUCUCUGGCAACUCCGCCUCCUCUUUGACUGGGUCGAUCGCCAAGUGGAGCUUGAAAGACGGGGCGACGCCGCAGGAUUAGCAGAAGAAGACGGUGAGAAAAACAGCUACGCACAGUCUACAGCGGUCCAGAAGCAAGCAAACAAAAAAGGAAUCGAGGGCGGCUUGUGGCUGAAAUACGACAUCAUUGAGCAAGCGCGCUGGAAGAUCUGGGGUAUUCAGGCCAGAAAUCUGGAGAGGGAGACCGCCGGACACACGGUCUAG